AUGCAAGUCAGGGACAAAUACCUGAGACAAAACAUAUUCAGCAAUGGAGAAAAAGUCCUCUACAGAUGCGCUGAGGGCUACACUCAGUACAGAGGCAUUCGCUCUAUCAUGUGUGAAGCUGGAAAAUGGACAAAGUUAUCCAUGAAGUGUGAAAGUAAGUAAUAGGCUACAGCUAAGCAUUUAGCUCAGUAUAUUGUUAUUGUGUGGUUCAAUGAAUGGCAUGUCAUCAUAUCAUUAUGGUUAUGAUAAGUGUCUCUCUCUGUCAGAGUCUGAUGUGAUGCGUGGGAUGAGAUUGUUGUGGCAAGGAGCUAUCAUUUGACACUUCUCUGGUGGUUGCAAAGAGACAAAAUUUGGGAAGUUUAAUUUAUGUUCUCUUCAGUCCUUGAGGGCUGCAGUGUUGCCUUCUUAACACUUCUCUGUGUGAGUCUUUAUGUUGAGUUUGGCACAUCCACCCUGGAUUCGUUCCCUGACUGCUCUGCUGUUUUCUAAUGUGUCCUCUUGUGCUCUCCUUAGAGAAAAUAUGUGGAUCUGCUGGGGAGUUGUUCAAUGGACACUUUGAUUAUAAAGGGGCUUCGUUCGGGGACAAGGCGUAUGCAGUGUGCAAUGAGGGGUAAGUAACCCACUGGGUAAAAACUGAUUAAAUCAACGUUGUUUCCACAUAAUUUCAACCCAAAAAAUCAAUGUGAUGACGUUGAAUCAAAGUGGAAAACUGAUUUGAUUUGCAAAAAUCAACUUAAGGGCGUUUAGUAAUUUUUUUCACCCAACUUUUAAACUAAAUAACAUGGUGACAUUUUAUGGUUGUUUUCACGUUGAAUUCACAUUAGUUGAAAACUCAACCAAAUGUUAAUAAAAAACUAGACGUUGAACUGACAUCCGUGCCCAGUGGGAAGUGUCUUGAAUGUAAGGAAAUAGGUCUAUAGCCUGAGCUUUGUUUUCAUCCUCUCUGUGAUUCUGGAACAGGUUUACACUGAAGGGGGUGGAAUACAGAAUGUGUAAAGACUCUGGCUGGAGUGGAGAGAUUCCCACUUGUGAAGGUGUGCAACAUUCAAUGACCAAUCUUACAGUAAUAUGCAGCAAUAAGAUAUAUCCCUUUCUAAGUAGGAUAUAUAACAUGCCUCCUAAUCAAUUUAGUAGGCCCUGCUGUAUGAAAUACCAGAUUGGCAUGACCCUGUACUUGUCUAAGAGAUUGUAGGCACGACACACCAAGAUCCUGCUGUUGAGAUUUGACCAUAUUGGCCUUGGACGUUCAGUCCAUAGUUGUCCCAUUAUCACAAAAGCAUGAUAAUAUCACGUAAACAAACGUUUCUUUAGGCUACUACAGCAUGGCUAAUGUCCUAUCUAAUGUACUGCAACGUUGUUGUGCUUUUUACCAAAGCAUGAGGUCAUUGUCUCCAUGGAGACAUCUUAUUUUCUUCCUUAUCUCCAAAAUGAGCCACAAAAACAAUGAUGUCAUUAUUGAUGCAAAAAUGAAUUUAACAAAACCACAAUAACAUUUGAAAUGUCCUCAUUCUAGUGGGAGGUGAACCACAAGUGCUUCCAGCAGAAGUGACCUGCCCUGAUCCUUCCAUAGCCAACGGUGUGAAGCUGAGUGAGGCUGUCUCAGUGUACAGGGUCAGAGACUCAGUGACCUUCACCUGCUCUAAGGGUUUCCUCCUGACUGGAGCCCAGCAGCUCACCUGUGGACCAGAUGGCCAGUGGCAGCCCCAGCUCCCACUCUGUCAGGCCUCUAAUGAUAUAACUCAAAGCUCCAAGCCUGAUGGUAAACAUAACACCAUCUAAGAUCUGUCUCUUUGAUAAUUGAAAGAUAUAAUACACAUUAUGAUGCAUUGGUAUUAUACCAGAUGUCAUUUCUAUCUAUUGUCAAAAUGGUCCAUCUCCCUUUCCUUUAGGCAGAUGUGGAGUGCCACGGUACCUCCCCAACGCACACCUUUCUGACAGGUAUAUAACACAGACAGACUUUGGUCCUGGUGAACGGGUCAGUUACAGUUGUGCCUUGGGAUACAUGAGAAAAAGAGGCACUUACUAUAGUACCUGUGUCAGUGGGAAGUGGACGCCAGUAACUCUGAGAUGUGAACGUAAGAACCCAUAAGAAGAAGUAUUAAUGAAUAUAUGAAAAGUACAUGCACAGUAUAUAGUACCUAAAGAACAUUCAACAAAUUGUUUAAGCUUUAGGUGGCAGCAGAGCCAUAGCUAGUCUAUAAUAUAUCACUAUGUGGUAGUGAAGGUUUGUGUAUUUUGUUCUUUGUAAAAAAAAAUAUAUUUUAAUGUUUCUUGUCCAAAGGCAAAUCAUGUGGAUCGGCUGGAGAGAUCUCUUAUGGUAAUUUCGUCUAUACCGGUGUCGAGUUUGGGGAUACAGCCACAGGGGUUUGUAAUGAGGGGUAAGUUCUAUUCUGCUAGUAUUUCUAUUUGCUCUCGAGGCUACCUAACCCUCAUAAUUGUUGCAGUGUACAAAUAAAAUGAUGCGUUGCCAGAUUAAAUCACUUUUUGUACCCAUUUUUUUUAACCAGGUAUCAACUGGUUGGACGGGAUGUAAGAAAUUGCAUGUCUGAUGGCUGGGAUGGGCGUGUUCCGAUCUGUGAAGGUAGGCUGUCACAUACAUUUUUUCGAUAGGCUACUGGGCGAUUCCACACCAGCGGGAGCUGGAAAUAUUUUUGGUAUCUCAGAUUGUUCUGGCAAUUCUCACAUAGCAACUUCAUUGGGAGGAAGAAUGUUUAACAUGCUUUUUACAUUUGUAUCACAAACUAUUUUUGAGAAAAUCAUGAUAAAAUCGGCCAUUUUAGGCCCUUUUUAGACCUAUACAUGCCUCCUGUAAGACCCUAUGAUCUGUGAACCGUACAUGAUACAGACAUCUUCUCUCAGAAGAAUGUCUAGAUUCUUAAAUACAAGUUCUCACAUUAAUUUAUUCAACAUAAAAAAUAUGAAUAUCCCAAAACUACUCUUUUUGAUUUUGCUUAUUUUUAGACAUAUUGUUUGUAACAAUAUACUCUUCAAACACGUCAAAUUUCCAGAAUGGGCUCUCUGGUACUUUUUCUGGUAAUUUUACAUUUACAGUCAUUUAGCAGACACUCUUAUCCAGAGCGACUUACAGUUAGUGAGUGCAUACAUAAUUUUUUUAUUUUUCAUACUGGCCCCCCGUGGGAAUCAAACCCACAACCCUGGUGUUGCAAACACCAUGCCGGCCAUUCCCUCCCUUACCCUGGACGACACUUGGCCAAUUGUGCACCACCCCAUGGGUCUCCCGGUCGCGGCCGGCUACGACAGAGCCUGGAUUCGAACCAGGAUCUCUAGUGGCACAGUUAGCACUGCGAUGCAAUGCCUUAGACCACUGCGCCACUCAGAGGUGUUGAUGGUGCUUAUAAAAUGUAUAAUACCGUCACAAUUAGCAGAGAGCCAGCUCUGGAAAUUGUAUGUAUAUACUUGUACAGUAUAUAUUGUUACAAACAAUAUGUCUUAAAAUGAACAAAAUCAAAAAGGGAAGUUUUGAGUUAUUAAUAUUUUCAAUGUUAUAAAUGAAUGUGAAAAAUUGUGUUUCAGAAUCAAGACAUACUCCAUAUUUUAGAGCACGCUAUAAGGAGUAUAAUGACACCCAGAUGUUGUCUGUAUCAUGUAUGGUCUUACAGGAGGCAUGUAUAGGUCUAAAAAGUGCCUAAAAUGUCCACUUUCAUCAUGAUUUUCUCAAAAAUGGUUUGUGAUACAAAUGGAAAAAGCAUUUCAAACAUCCUUCCUCCCAAUGAAGUUUCUAUGUGAGAAUUGCCAGAACAGCCUGAGAUACCGAAAAUAUUUUCUGAUGGCAUGGAACCGAAUCGCCCUACUGCACCACACUGUAUCACACCUUGGUCAUAGGUAAAUUGCUUUAGGUAUCUUUGUUUUAGUUUAUAACAACCCUGAACGUCCAAUACUGUCACCAUAAUCUUUUCAAAAUUGUUGUAAUGUAAUCAUGUAAAUCAUGUAAAUGUGUGUCUUUCAGCUGUGCAGUGUGCUGAACUUCCUGAGGUGGUAAAUGGAGAGACAAAUGGCUAUUUGGAACCACCUUACUUUUACAGCACUGUGAUUGGCUAUCGAUGUCGUGUAGGGACACUAAUUGGAGCGAGGGAGAUCUACUGUACCAAAAAUGGGACAUGGAGUGAUCCACCUCCAAAGUGCAAA